UUUUCUUCCUGCAUGUACUUUGCGGUAUGGAUGUGUUGAUUUUUGUUUGUGUAAUUUAUUUUUCAUAUGUUUUAAAAAUUCCGAAUUAAACUACAACCAGAAACGCUUAUUUGAUAUCAUUAUCAAUAUUAACUAUUAAAACGAUAACCCUUCUAGUGGUGUAUCUUGUAUCAAUUACAUAACUACUGCUAUAACUUGUAUCGUGGUAUUCAUAAGAAUUACUGAACACAAAAAAAUAGAAUCAAAACAGUAAUAUUCAUCAUAGCAAAUGUCACGUCGUUCAGGUAGAUCAAGGUAUUCUGAGCAACCAUCAGAGUAUCCUGAUAAUUAUGAAGCAGAGGGAGAAGAUGAUGAGGAAGAAGACGAAGAAGAAGAAAUACCCGUCCAAGGGAAUAAAUUAAAAAGUACUAAAGGUCAAAGUAAUCGAGGUCGAGGAACAGCUGCCGCAUCUACGGCUGUUGCUGCUGAAGGAGAUGAGGAGGAAGAUGAAGUUGAUGAGGAUGAAGAACAAGAAAUAACAAGAUGUAUUUGCGGACAAGAUGAAUUAACUUCCAUAAGUCCUCAAGUGGCAGAUCUACUCGAUAAAGAAUAUAAUAUAACUAAAAUUGAUCAAGGUUUGUUUAUUCAAUGUGAUAAAUGUUCAGUAUGGCAACAUGGUUAUUGUGUGGGAUUAUUUAUAAAUGAAGAUGUCCCUGAUAAAUACUGGUGUGAGUUAUGUAAACCAGAUUUACAUAUCUUCAUUUACAUUAAUGCCACCAGUAAUGAAUUAAUCCGUACUUUAUAUAAACCAACUAAUGAAAAGAGAAAGAAAUUAUUAGCCAUGGAAGGCCAUAAAGUACAAGCCCGUCAUCAUCAUCAUAAUCAUCAACACAGUCAACUACCACCACCAGCAGUCACUACUAAUGAUCUCGAUGAUAGUAAUAAUGAAUCAGGUAAGACUAGAUCCAAAAAUAAACGUUCAUCAAAUGAACAAUCUCCUCAACCUUCAAAAGCAUCUCGCAAGGAAAGAAGACAUUAUGAUGAUAGUUAUGAUGAACAAUUACAGAAAGCUUUACGUGAGAGUGCUAAGGAAUCAGGAAUUCCAGUGGACUCCAAACGAGCAGCAUCUGAAAAUGCCACUAGUUCUGCGGCAUUAUCAUCUUCAAAUUCAGUUGGUAAAAGACGUGGAGCAAAAUCUGAUGAUUCAGACGAAGCAAAACAAAAUAUAAUUUCCAAAUCCGAAGUUGAAUCAGAUCAAGAUCCUUCCAAUAUAGAAGAUGAUACCGAAUCAGGAACAGCUAAACUGUUUAAACGUGGUAAACCAAGAGGUAGAACAGCCAAGACUAAGAAACCAAGAGGAUCUACACCAGGUCCAAAAUCAACUAAUAAUAAUGGAAAUGAAGGAAGUGGAAUAUCAGCUAUGACCAAGGAGGAAUUAAUCAAUCAACCUUCUAAACCAAGAUAUGUUAGUGAAAAAUCAACUGUUUAUGAAUUAAGAAAAAGAACAGGAGCAAUUUUAGAGUGGUUAGGACGUUCACAAAUAGAAUUGGAAGAAGAAAAAUCAAAUAAAAUUGAAUUAUUCAGUUAUAAGGAAGAAAUCGACAUCAAUGGUAAUGCUACUCAGACUGGUAUAAGUAUCAUUGAAAGUGAUGAUCAUGAUCAUGUUAGAACCAUUGUGGGUACAACAUCUACAACCAAUACUCAUGAAGAAGAUAAUAAAAAGUUAAUUAGUACUUUUAAUGAAAAUCUUAAAUUAAUGGAAGAUCUAACUGAGAAAAUCUUAUCAUGGGAACAAAAAUACGGUAAAUAUGCUCCAUAAAGACAAGUGAACUCCCCUAUUUAUAU